CAACAGGAAGAGAUUUUUUUCUAUCACCUUGGUGUGCUGCUCUUGUAAACAUGCAUACCGGGGUCUUUCACUGGUUUGUUGAUUCUGAAUGAUACUGGUUCCACUGGUGUAAGUACGGGUUAAUCAUUUACGGAAAUACGUCAGCGUUUAUCUCACAUUAGCGUGAUUUAGCAGCAGCUAACGUCAGCUAAAGCUGAGUCGAAGUGUCGGUAGCUGUCAGAGGAAACAUGAACACGUUGGUGACAAAACUAGACCACAGGUGGAUCAGUUUAACUUUGGGACGAUGUUGGACGACUGUGGCAGCUCCCAAGGUCAUGCUCUCCACUAUUCCUCCAGAUCCCGUCAUCCCCUCUAAGAAGCCGUUCAAAGUGGAGCUGGUUGGUGGAAAGCGCUACUCGUGGUGCACAUGUGGAUACAGCAAGAAGCAGCCUUUUUGUGAUGGAGCCCACAAAACCAAAGCCCAGGGCCUGUUCCCACUGCGCUUCGUUCCUGAAAAGGACUCUACAGUUUGGCUGUGUGGCUGCAAAUACACCAACAACCCACCUUACUGUGAUGGCACGCACAAGCAGGAUUUCAUCGUAUCCGCAACACUACAUGAACAUACUGACUCUUGAGGAAGAAGCAGAGGAAACUUUGGAACUGGUAUGAAUGCUGCUGAUGAAUCCCCAUUUUGUACUUGGAAAAAAAAAACGCACAUAGGAGCUGAUCGACCGCCAAACGUCUUCUCAGUGUUACUGUCUGUAUUGUGAAGUUAGUGGCAAACAAAGCCAUCUUCUUUAUUUGUCCCUUCUUUCUGUCUCAUUAUGGCAGAAACAAUGUUGCAUUAAGGAGAUGCUGCCAAGUAAAGCUACUCAGAUAUUGCUGUCUGUGUAUACGGACAGUAUAGGUUUACUGCAAAUUAAUUAACAGCACUGAAUUUAUUUAUACAUGUUAAAGAUGGGAUUUAUUUUAUCAUGAGUAGAAAGUGGGUUUGCAUAAGAAAACAAAGUUUUACACCAUGAAGUGUGUGCAUGAAGCAGUAUACAACUCACUAAUAACAGACUACUGCAAAAAUCUGUUUUUCUCUAGUUGUAUUAUUUAUAUAAAUUUGUGUUUAUUGUAUAAAAUGUUGCACUUGACUUCCAAAUAAAAUAUUUCCACAGA